AAUAGGAGAAGAAAAAGCAGAAGAGGGAAGAAGAUCGGCUGAUCAGCUCUCCCAAAGAAGAAGAAGAAGAAGAAGAAGAAGAGGCAGAGGAGGUCGGCGUUAGAGAGUGAUACUGAGAGAAGGAGAGAGAUCGAGAGAGAGGAAACUGAUUUUGGGUGCAAGGGAUACUCUCAAAACGCAGCGUUUCAGGAAGAUUGAUGCAAUAAAUGGAGGAUAUUUUGUGGCUGCUUCCUAUGUUAGAUGCAAUUUUCAUUUUGAAAUAUAGAACGCGUAUAUCAUUGUCUUCAUUUGGGAGUUGGAAAGAAACAGACGCCAGAUAUUAAAAAAAUUGUCUUAGGUGAAAUGUUGAUGGAGAGUUCUCUUGCCAGCUCAAUUGAAGCUGCUCGUUUUUUUGUAUCUGAUUGUGGGAAAGAAGAUAUCUUAUGUGGUUGGAUGCCUGGCACUGAAACUUGGCAGAUGUGUUCGAAUUGUGAUAAUCGCUCUCAUGGUCAGUGCCGAAAAGCUGAAUCAGUGAUAGAGGAAAAAGAGAAUGCUGAUAGUCCAAGUUCCUUAAAUUUUCCAAGAAGUUAUGCGCAGCCAUCAACUGUUAGUACAAUGUCUGAAAGUUAUGCACCAAAUUUUGUAUAUAGGCGAAGGAAGCUACGUGGAAAUUCCAUCAACAUGCUUUCACCUCAGGCUGCAGCAAACACAAAGAGAAGUGCCGAUUGCCUUUCGGUCAUAAGUUCUGAUGCACCUUCCAUGGCAGCCAAGGAGCAACAUGUGGGUUCUCAAGUUGAGCAUGAAAGUCGGACUGUUGCAUCACCCCUCAUGGUGCCUCUUUUAUGCAAUAAAGAGUCCCAUGUUUUAAAGUCAGAAUUUAUCAAUGGCUGUUCAGUUGGUGAAGGGCAUGUUUCUGAUGCAGCACUCAAAAAUACCAUGCAAAAGAUUUUAGAGGUUGACAGUGUGAAUGACAGUUGCUCAUCAUCAAAAUCAAAUUUGGAACUUGUUUCAGCUUCCAUGACAACUGAAGUGGAUGACACUGGUGAGUGCUCCUCAUCGAGUGUAAUGGUGACGGAGGUCAAGGGGGGGCAACUUUCAGAAAAUGAUAGAUGCAUUUCUAUACUCAGAAGCCAGGGACUGGUUAGAAGAGUUUUGCCUACCAAGUCUUGUGAUUCUGCUGAAGAUGCUGGUACUAGUAGUGGAGGCAGCUGUUCCCAGUCAUGCAAGAUUUGUGGCCAUUCAGAAUCUACACUGAACAUGCUUAUCUGUGAUCUUUGUGAAGAGGCAUUUCAUGUGUCUUGCUUCAAUCCGCGUAUGAAGAAAAUACCGACUGAUGAAUGGUUUUGUUAUUCUUGUUUGAAAAAGAAGCGUAAGAUUCUAAAGGAAGUAGAUACCAGAAAAUCACCAAGCAUUGCUAGUGAAAUGGGCAGAUGUAGACAUGCAUCAGCUAAAGGUGAAUCAAAUCCAAUUAUGUUGAUGUUAAGAGACACUGAACCAUACAAAACAGGUGUCCGGGCUGGUAAAGGUUUUCAAGCAGAAGUUCCUGACUGGUCAGGUGCAAUAAUUGAUGAUGUCAAUGCCAUCAGUGAACCAGUGGAAUUGGAUCCUUCGGAGUGUGUCACUUCUCAUUUGUGGAACUUCUGCAAGCCUUAUACACUUAACUCCAUAGGUAAUUGGCUUCAGUGUCGAGAGGUUAUAGACGGCAUAGGAGAAGGUGUCAAUGGAACUAUAUGUGGAAAGUGGCGCAGGGCUCCUCUUUCUGAAGUCCAAACUGAUGACUGGGAAUGCUUUCACUCUUUCCUUUGGGAUCCAACUCAUGCUGAUUGUGCUGUGCCUCAGGAGCUAGAAACAGAUCAUGUUCUAAAGCAAUUAAAGUAUAUUCAGAUGCUGAGGCCCCAGUUAGCUGCUAAACGGCGAAAAUCAGAUCGCACAGAUUGUAAUGUUGAUUUGCAAAAACAUACAGUUGAUGCAUCAUACAUAUAGAGUCCAUAAUAUGGUGACAACUUCUUGAUGAUUUUGUCAAGUGUCCAUACCUUUUGCCAUCUCUGUACCUUGUACAUUCAGGUUAUAAAAAUCCCAUAGAUAUUUUACAUCACAGUUGUCUGGCAUUGUAAUUGUUAGACAGACGAAUCAAAGUAUAAUAUAUGUUGAGCGCCUGGCUGUUGUACCUCC